AUGAGGCAACAUUUUACUGUUAGUGCCACAAAGCCAGUUUCAACGGCAGAUGACAGCGACAAAAAUCUUGUGGUCUCUGGCCCCGGAUCCGAAGAUCUCGAGACUUCAGCGACUGGCUACAUAUUUAGGCGAAACGGGAACGGUCAAGGCCAACUUUUCAACUCCGGAGGGUUGAGUUCCGGUAUUUCCGGUGGUUACAAUUACGGCUCGCCUCUGCAGGGUAUCGGGUCACUCGGAGGUGGAAAUUUCGGGGGUUCCGGGAGAUUCGGACAAUUUUCAGGAGGCUCAGGAAUCAAUUUUCCAUCUAAAUACAGUAUAGGAAACUUUGGUGGUGGUGACAUCGGGUCCAACAAUAUUGCCUCCCUGACCGGCUACAGCGGAAAUAUCGGUGGGGGUGGCUUUGACGAGACUGGCCUAGGGAUCGGCGGACUUGGUUACGGCGGGGGAGCAGCCGGCGGUCUAGGGCUCGGUUACGGGGUUUCAAAAAACGGUAUUGGCCUAGCUGGACUCGGGGGCGGACUGGGGGGUGGGCUUCAGGGGCUGGGGGGCUUGGGAAACGGGCUGAUUCAGGCGGGGGGAUUGCAGGGGGGCCUGGGGUACGGCGGGAUCGGCGGAGGGGCUGGUCUAGCUCAUGGUCAGUACAUUCCAAUAACGGGGUCUCUUGGGGGAUUGGGACACGGAGGCAUUGGUGGAGCCGCUAGCGCAGGGGCGUACAACAACGGCGGAGGUGCCGAGUUCCAAGCGGCUCAAGUGGCGGCCGGUGGCGAAAAGGGCUCGAAGGGGUACAAGGUCGCUGAGGGUUUUGACAAGGGCGAGAAAGGAAAGAUAGACGAGGAGAAGCAGGCGGGUGCCUACAGCAGCGCUGGUGGGGAGAAAAAGGGUGAAGCCGAAGAGGAGAAGAAGUACGCGGAGUCCAACGCUGCCGCCAAGGGCGAGAAGGGAGAGACCUUUCACAAGAGCGGGGGGCACAAAAAGGGACACAAAACGUCCGGCUUCCACAACGUCUACCACAAAGACGAAUUCAAGAAGGACACGUCCUUCUAUGACUCCGAUCAUGCAAGUGGCCACAAGGAGACGUACGGAUCAGAAAACGCACAUCACGACGCCGCCAAGGGCGAGUAUGAGAAGGCUGAAAAGGUUGACGCUGCUCACCACGAGGAGAACCAGGCGAAGAAGGGAUCGUUCACAAACGGACAUCAGUACGGCGCUCUUCAAGGCCACGACCGAGAAGCGGGGGAGAAGGAGCACUUCGAUAAUGAGAUUGAAUACGCCAAGAAGGAGGGUCACAAGGGGGAAAAGAAGUAUGGACAGUCAUCGGAUGACUAUGUCAAAAAAAUCUAUUAGUGGGCGAUGAAAUAUAAGCGUGAUAUGAUUUUAUUCAUGGCAAAUGUAUCGACUCUGUAACGUUAUUUUAUUAUAUGGUUAUUUAUUGUACAAGAUAUAAUAUGGCGUUGUUGCGCUAAUGACAAUUUGCU